UCCUCCAGGCUGUCAUGGAGCCUCUUGAGAAUGGGCUGCUGUCCUUCAACCGUCUGACGGAGAUGAUCCUCAGUAUUGAUGCAGACAUCGUCACUCCUGGAUGUCAAACCUUUGAUGACUUCAGACAAGAAGUUCAUAAAAUGAAAAUAUACUUUAACGAGUCAGAGCAGAUAGCCGGUAAAGAGCUAAAGCAGCUUGAUGAGAAGACUGUGGCACUUACUGCAGAUCAAGGUAUUUUGCGGCAAAAAAAAGAAAAGCAAAAAGAAAGGUUACAAAACCUAAAAACCCUUUUGACCUCACAUGAGUCAUCUUUAAAAAGAUAUACUCAAGAUCGAGAUGCAGCGCAAAGAAACCUGGUAUCUGCAAAACAGGACCUGAAAGAAAUGGAAGGGAGAAGAGACAACGCACAGACAGUGAGGGAUGUUGGGAUUGGUCUAUUUGCCAUCCCAAUUUUUGGAUGGAUUGCUGGAGCAACCAUGGUUGGUGUCGGCCAAACUGACUUAAACUCAGCCUGUGAUCUAGUUGAGAAAUGUCGGAAGGAGGUAUGUGAAUGUGACUCUCAGGUGAAGACUUACACUCAAAAAGUGUCUGACUAUGAAGGUUUAAUCUCUAAAGCUAAGAAGGAAACCGAAGACAUCAACAGCAGAAUUUGUAAGAUUGAGGCAGAACUGAAGGAUUUGUCUGUGAAGCGGGAAACUGUUGCAAACCUUCAGAGUCAAACAGGAGGAGUUGUCCAUCAUCUGGGACUUCUCUCUGGGGAGGGGAAUGCAGCUGAGUUGCAGACCAGAAAACAGAUCCUGGUGGAGGCCGUGAUGAGGGUGAUGAACGAACUAACACCAGCGCUGACCCAGAUUAUAGAAGAUGGUCUGCUGCCCACUCAAGGCUUAAAAAGAAUAAUGGAGCAAACGAAAACCAACAACAGAAAACUAGAAGAGGAUCUCAGUGAAGAAGAUGUAGAUUGUAGUUCAUGUUCAUGUCUACAUUUUUUUAGGGUUUCUUCUCACAAGAAAAAUUAAAUUGCUUUCUUUUUUCUUUCAAUUAGUUUCUGACA